AAUGUGGAGUUUAUAACAUUCGAAUAAUUGUUUUAUAUUCAAAAAAAGAAAAAUUGCAUGCCAUUUUAUGCAGAUAUGAGUACAUUUUAAAACGAAAAGUGCGUCUUCGUAAACUUUUUGUCACUGAACUACAUUUCCCAACACGCACUUCCUGUAUCCUUCACCCCGCCCCCUUUUUUGACUGACAGGUUGUUUGUUUCACUGUUUCACCAGCUGCUGGCCCAUUCCAGCCCUUGUCGGAGUGGAAACACGGGGGCCGACAGUCCUCUUUUUUUCUCCCUUCCCGUUUACCUCGUUGUGCUUUCUUUUAUUUCACCCCGCUUCACUCUCUUUCUCUCUUUUCCCUGGCAGACAACUUUUCCUUUUCUCUCCCCUCCUUUCCGCUCUGUUUGAAGGUUUUAAAGCCCUGUCCAUAAGCUCGAGUCGUUUAUUUAUUUAUUUAUUCUUUCUUGUUUUAUCGAAACGGAACAGGCAGUUGUAUUUUUUUUAGAUGUACCACAAAUGAGAAGACGCAAAAGAUGGAGCUGCACAUUUUAGAGCACAGUUUAAAAGUAGCAAGUAUAGCGAAAGAGGGCAUCCAGAUCUGCACUCACGGAUUAAUCAAACUAGCUUUCCUGCCCUCCAAAACAAGAUGUAAGUUCUUUAGUUUGACCGAAACUCCGGAAGAUUACACCAUUAUUGUGGAUGAAGAUGGCUUUAAAGAGCUGCCGGAGUCUGAGUAUCUCAGUGUGGCUGAAGCGACGUGGUUGGCUCUUAAUGUGGUGUCCGGGGGCGGGAACGCUACCAGCUCUCAGCCAAUCGGUGUAACGAAAAUCGCAAAAUCAGUCAUCGCCCCGCUGGCAGAUCAUAAUAUCUCUGUGUUCAUGCUGUCAACAUACCAGACUGAUUUUAUAUUGGUUCGAGAGAGGGAUCUGCCCAUGGUCAUGCACACACUGUCUUCAGAAUUCACUCUCCUGAGGGUGGUCAAUGGAGAAGCGGUGGCUGCCAACAGUACUGGGGUCACCAAUGGUUUUGUCAAGCCUAAACUGGUCCCUCGGCCGAUCAUUCACCCUCUCUCCAGCCCCAGUAACAUGUUCUGCGUUACCAGCCUGGACCCUGACACGCUGCCCUCAGUGGCCACUCUGCUCAUGGACGUCAUGUUCUAUUCGGGCGGAGCGAAAGAGACCGGGGGGCAGAGUGAGGAUUCUGGACACAUCCGCUUUUUCUCCUUCUCGCUGAUCGAGGGCUACAUCUCUCUAGUUAUGGAUGAGCAAACGACCCGGAGGUUUCCAAACAACGUCCUCUUCACCAGCGCUUCAGGAGAGCUUUGGAAAAUGGUCCGCAUCGGAGGACAACCCUUAGGGUUUGAUGAAUGUGGCAUUGUGGCUCAGAUAUCUGAACCGCUGGCGACCGCUGACAUUCCAGCCUAUUAUAUCAGUACCUUCAAGUUCGAUCACGCUCUGGUUCCUGAGGAGAACAUCCAGAGCGUGAUCGGAGCCUUGAGGACCAAUGAGAGCACAGGACAGUGAGACUCUGCGAUUGGAUAGGAGUCCCACAUCCCUGAAAACAUUUAGAUUUCUUAUGUCGAACUCUUAAAAGUGCCAAGAGCUUACCUGAGGACUGCUUCUGGGGGAGGUUAUGGGAGAAGGAUCGGAAGGGGAUGUGGGGGGGGCUCUAAUUUAGUAGUCAGUAUGAGCGGCAACAUUACUUCCUGUCCAUUUCUUGCAAAUAAGAAAACCCUAAUCCCCACCCACCUCUACAGGGACCCUGCGAUGGUGUGAAUCCAGUGUUUUUCUUCUCUUCUUUCUCCCCCACCCCUCUUCCUCUUAUCCACUCCUCCUCCGCACAUUAUUUUACCAUGGCAACAGGGCCUGGACUUUAGCUACCGGUUCUUUAGACGUUGCAAACAACCAUUUUGUAUUAGUGGCAGGUCCUCCUCCUAGAGGACACAGAAUGUACUCCAAUGUUUCCUCGAGAUUUAUUUCAUUUUUUCCUGCCCCCUUCUUGUUUCCCCAAGACAUGGGGCAUAAACCGGCUCCUUGUCUAAAAACGUGAUGUUUCUCGGGAUGCAGUUUGAUGGUUCAGGGUUGUUGUUGUUAUUUAGGCAAAAUGGUCCAGUCACAAGAUCAGUCUGUGAGAGAAGCAUCUCGUGCUCAUUCAGAAAGUUUCCAGUUUUUGUUUAAAGGUUUUGUUUCUUUCUCCUAACCUCAAUCCUAUAUUCACGUUUCAAUGCCAUGUAGCUGGUUAAUGAAUUAGUAGUUAUUGUUGCCUUCAGAGUACAAUCAAUGUUUUUUCUGUCAGCCUGGCCGAGUUGGCAGUGAACGUGCGUAGAGAUUGGAAUCAAGGAUUCAGGUGAGGUGAAACUGUUUUUGUUCACUUGCACUUGUUCAGGUUAUAAGUACACAAAUCGUGCAGUUUACUGUAUUCUGUUUUAAAACUCGUUCCAAUAAGGAUGUCGCUUUUUUAUUUCCGCCCUAGAGUCGUCGUGUGCGUGCGAUCAGAUUAAAUGUCUUUUAAGUCUUCACCACUACUAGCUCUUUUGAGUAUUUUGCAAAGCUGUCUCUUCAUUCACGGAGGAACUAUUAGGGGAAACCAGACCUGCCAACCUGUACGCAUAUUGCGCAGCGGCUAAGCAUUUUGACCUCAAAGUACGCUGGUACGAUUUGUCACUCUAAUCUACGCAAAAAUCUAGUGACGCCCCUGUCCACGCGCAGUUUUCAAAA